AGCUGCUGGUUUUCAAUAAAUUAUGGGUCCUCCAUAAGUCCACAUAGCAUUUAUCAAUUGAAUUUUUUUUCCUUACACUCUACUUGCUUUUCUCUCAAAUGGAGUUGUUCGAACCGACACUUCCCAGAAACCGCGCUGCUGGCGAGAAGAUCUUCAGGAGUGACUGUGCUCAAUGCCACAGCAACAUAGGAGCCGUUCACAAACAAGGACCCAAUCUGAAUGGUUUGUUUGGAAGUCAAUCUGGUACAACUCCUGAAUAUUCAUAUUGUGUUGCUAACAAGAACAUGUCUAUGAAUUGGGAGGAAAAGAUCAUGGAUGAUUACUUGCUUAACCCCAAUAAGUAUAUCCUCGAUACGAAGAUGGUAUUUCCUGCUCUUAAGAAGCCCCAGGAACGUGUUGAUCUUAUUGCAUAUCUGAAAUAGGAUGCUUGAAAAUGAUUGAAGUUAUGUAUCAUAUGUAGUAUACUUUUGGAGUUCUGGAUAUUUAAUUAUCUGGAAAUUUGAUCUUGCGUUGUAAUUAGCAAUUUAGCACUCUAUAUUGGCAAAUAAAGCAGACAUUAUAAGUUUCCAAUGUUAUUUUGUUCCUUUUGCAUUGCUUUAAGGUUGUGUAUAUUGAUAGGACUUAUGUUGAACACAUUAGUUGUUCGACUUAUGUUCUAAUACAUUAGUUUUUUGAGUGUUGAAACACUCUUAUCAAAUCAAAUUUACUUAAGUGAGAGCAUA